UCUAGAAAAGUUUCCCUUACAUCCAAAAUUCAUUUCAGAAGCCAGAAAAAUUCUCGACUCCGAAAAUCCUCAGGCUCAGACAAAACAUGGCUCAACGUUGUUGAUUGUGGAAGCUUUUCGCUGAUUGAUUUGUUUAAAAAUGUCAUCAAAAUUUGCCUCCACGCUCUUCCAUUACCUUGUUUUCAUCUCCAUCAUCCUCCUUUACCUCUACUCUUCACUUCUGACACCACCCUCGUCUUCUAAAUCGUCACUGCCGCCGCCAUCCCUCGCGACCGACAAAAAAAUCUCUUCUAAUUCCACCCCUUGUAAUCUUUUCAAGGGCAAGUGGAUCCUCCAGAACCCCAACGCCCACCGGCCCUUCUACGAUGAAUCGUGCCCAUUUCACAGAAACGCCUGGAAUUGCUUCAAGAACCAGAGGGCCCACAUGAACAUCAUCAAUGCGCGGCGAUGGGUGCCCGAAGAAUGUGAUUUGAACCGGAUCGACCCGCAGAGGUUUUUGGGUCUGAUGAGGAAUAAGAAUAUUGGGUUCAUCGGUGACUCUUUGAAUGAAAAUUUUAUUGUGUCGUUUUUGUGUGUGCUUCGAACGGCGGAUGAUGGCGCCUGGAAGUGGAAGAAAAAAGGGGCCUGGAGAGGAGGUUACUUUCCAAAAUAUAAUCUUACAGUUGCAUAUCAUCGAGCUGUUUUGCUUGCAAGAUACAGGUGGCAACCAGAAGAGUCUGACAUUAGAGAUGAAGAUGGGUUGAAAGGAAUAUAUCGGGUAGAUGUUGAUACCCCUGCAAUUGAUUGGGCCAAUGUCACCAACUUCUAUGAUGUCCUUGUUUUCAACACUGGUCAUUGGUGGGGUUAUGAUAAAUUCCCGAGACAGAAACCACUUGUUUUUUACCGUGAGGGGAAACCGAUAAAUCCCCCUCUGGAGAUGUUAGACGGGUUUAAGGUUGUUCUUGAGAAUAUGGUUUCAUACGUACAAAAGGAAGUUCCCAACAAGACUCUCAAGUUCUGGCGUUUGCAAUCACCAAGGCAUUUUUAUGGUGGCGAGUGGAAUCAAAAUGGUAGUUGCUUGCUUGAUAAGCCCCUCGAGGAAAACCAGCUUGACUUGUGGUUUGAUCCCAGCAACAAUGGAGUGAAUAAAGAUGCGCGGCAACUUAAUAUCGUGAUUCAAGAAGCUUUGCAAGGCACAGAUAUUGAAGUACUUGAUCUGACUCAUUUGAGCGAGUUCAGAGCAGACGCCCAUCCGGCAAUCUGGUUGGGAAAGAAGGAUGCUGUCGCGAUCUGGGGUCAGGACUGCAUGCAUUGGUGCUUACCUGGUGUCCCUGACACAUGGGUCGAUAUAUUAUCAGAAAGGAUCUGUAAUAGAUUGGAAACACGGUGAUGAACAGUGAAAAUGUAUGGGCAAGCUGUAAUGUAAUUUAACAGGUAUUUCCAUAACUGCUGUGUUGCCUUUUACCAUACAUGUCAAAGAGAAGACACAGAGAAACCCAGCACAGUAGCACAGUAGCUAGCACCAAAAUUCUUCCAGGUGCUAAGAAUGAGACUGGAACCUUCAGAUGGAAGAAGAUUUUUGCCGAGCAUCCUUGGAAGGUGGUUGGAACCUGGAAAAUACUGCAGGAUUGAACCAUCCUUUGACAAAUUCUUUUAUGACUGAAACUUAGAAAUGUAUUUGAUGAUUAUUUAUUUUGUAAGAAAUUCAUGUCCAUUGAGAAUAAUAUUGUUUGAUGGACUUUGGACAAAUGUAUGUUUUAUGCAUGUAGUUCUCAGAUCUCAUACAAAUGAUUUGGCUAAAUGGACUUUUGUACAAGUAUUAUUCUAUACCCCAUACUGCAAAUUGAUGUGCUUAGAGUUGGGCUGGAAUUGAGCUAACCCCGUGCAAGUUUGAAUAGAUUGAACUUAAAUUUACCCUUGUUUUGUUUAGGUUUGGAUUGAAUUCACCCAUUCAUUGAUUUUGAA